UGGAGUGAGUGGAGCAGAUCUCCAAACACGGAGUCAGAGCCAGUUUACACCACUUUCCUGCUUCUCCAUCUUUCAGCACAUCCGGUGUGCACUCAGACUUCCCUUUUUGGUGGCCUGGACAAAAGAGGACUUUUUUUAAAUUGUUUUUGUUUUGUUUACUUCCGGGUGUUAAAAAUUCAAUGCAGCUUGUGGGCUCAGGAAUGAUGGAGGAGCGACUUGUGGGAAAUCAGAGCAGAGUUCACAGCAUCGAGGCCAUUUUAGGCUUCAGACAGGAGCAGAGCAGUGUGAAGAAGCAGAGGAUGGACAGUGUCCGAUGUGACGUCAGAUCCGGCGCCCCGGUGAGCCCCGAGUUACCGGAAGGCGGCGACGGGAAGCUGUCAGACGAAGAGCGCGCGAAGAAGAAGCACAGGCGCAACCGGACCACGUUCACCACGUUCCAGCUGCACGAGCUCGAGAGAGCGUUCGAGAAAUCGCGCUACCCGGAUGCGUGCAGCCGAGAGGAGCUCGCGCUCAAGGUCAACCUGCCGGAAGUGCGCGUGCAGGUCUGGUUCCAGAACCGUCGUGCUAAGUGGCGUCGUCAGGAGAAGCUGGAGUUGAGCUCCAUCAGCCCCAUCAAGCUGCAGGACUCGUCCGUGCUCUCCUUCCCCAGAUCUCCUGCUCUCGAGCCCUGGAUGGCGCCGCCGUGUGUCUCCUCCUCCACCUCUCCGCUGCACUCCUUCCCACCCUUCCUUACCUCUCCGUCCGGUUACGUUCCUCCAUCUUUCCUCGGAACACCUGCAGUCGGUCACGCUCUUCCCCCAAUCGGAGCGCCGUGUCCUCCUCCUCCUCCUCCUCCUCCUCCUCCACUUCCCUUCCACUGCUCAGGCUUCAUGGACACGCUGUCUCUGGAGGACGCCGACCCUCGCAACUCCAGCAUCGCCUCGCUCAGGAUGAAGGCCAAGGAGCACAUUCAGGCCAUGGGGAAGAGCUGGUAGAGCCCACGGACCCCCCCCCCCGCGUGGGGAAAAAUGGACUGGUCCAGGAACCGCAAAUCAAAUUCUGUGGACACUGUGAGAGAGAAGCAGGUGUGAAAAACACACAUCUAAAUCCCGGCACGAGGUCUCCGUGUACGUGAAGAAGCCCAGGAGUGGGACAGGAGAGACCGUGUGUUAGUGACGUGUGCCUGAGUCACGAAGGUCGCAACACACACACACACAGACACACGCACACACACACACACCAAACAAGCUACACAACAAUUAAUUAACAAUUCAUUUGUAAACAUUUUUAUAGCACCUUUUAUACAAAGAAGCAACUCGAUGAACUUCACAUGAAGAAUAUGAUAUUCAUAAGUGUAUAUUAAUAUUGUAAAAAUAUUAACAUUAUAAUAAUUUAAUGUUAAUUUGAAUACAUUAAUAUUAUAAUAAUAUGCAUAUAAUUAUGAUAUAAUAUUUGUAAGAAUACAUUAACUAAAAAGCAAUAAGGAAAAAUAAGAAAAAAAGAUCCAACAUAAUCUGGCAAUUCACACAACUCAACUUGGAUGAAAAGCAUUUUGGGCUCUAAAGAAGACUUCGAAGAAGACUUUAAGGUUCUGUGUGGAACCAUAAAACAGAGAGUUUCUCCAUCAGAACCCUUUUAUGAAGCUAAAAAUCCUUAAAUUAUCCAACAAACCCUUAAAGAACCAUCAAAGAAACAAUUUUUUUCUAAGAGUGAAGGUUAAAAUAUUUUUUUAAAAAAGUUCUUUGAGGGUUUUUUAGCUUUAGUUUUAGCUGCUCGGGCACAUUUUCAGCCUCGUUCCUGUUCUUAUGACACUGAUUUUUCCCAAUUUGUGAACAUUAACACUAAAAAAUAGAAUUAAAUGAGUAAAUGAACUUAAAAGUAAUACAAUAUGUAAAAUAUGAAAUUUAAAAACAUAAAAAAGAAGCAAAGUUAAUAAAGUAAUUAAAAAGGAAAUAAACAAGCAAAUAUAAGAACAUGGUGAAUUAAUCACAAUUAUAAACAAAUAAACCAGAUUAUUUUUGCUUUUAAAGGCUAUACUUGAUGUUGAAUUAUCAUGAUUAUAUAAAAAUAUAAUAAGCAUUUAAGCAUUUUAGGAUUUUUCAUCAUGUAUUAAAAAGAAAGUUGCCAAAAAGAGUUCUUUUAAUGAAAUAAGUCACAUUUUUGUGUUUGAUAAACUACUUUACUGUGACCUCUGCAAACGCAGGACAAUCUAUUUAUUCUUCUCCUCGGAUGCUGUGUGUAAACUGUGAUUACAAAUAAAACUUGUAUUUUUAUCAGAAUGUAAAUAUAAAAUGUUAAUUAAAUUUUUUUUUUUAGAUAUUUGAGUCUAUUUUCUCUUUUCAUUUCUGCAUCAUUAGUAGAAUGAGUCAGUUUCAGUCUCAGAAA